CUUCAUUUUAAUUUGAUAUUUUGCGAUGUUUGAAACUAAUUUCAUAUGGAAGGGAAUUGAUUGGCAUGGUUUGCUACUCAUUAGCUUUUUCCUACAAACUACAACAAACUAAGUGUGUGGAAUAGUAGGCUGCAGCCAUGUUUUAUUUUUUUGGAGCUUUGAAACAUCGUAUUGGGUUGGGUUGGGGGUUGGACUUGAGAAGACCGUAUAAUUACACUUCUCUCCUGCAUGGUUGACCACAAGUUUUGUAGACAAGCUAAGUCAAGUCUAGGAAAUUAUUUAGGGGGAGUCCAUUCAAGGUAAAAAGUCUCAAUACUGAGGUUAUGGGUGAUAACAGAAGCAUGGAUGUUCACCACAGUUGGUCAGAAGAAUUCACUGAUUACUAUGACUCGUACAAUAACUACAAUUACUCGGAUUUAUUUCUCAUUAAGCCAGUGGAAGAGCAGGGGAUGCAGGUUGCUGGCUCGCUCACUGCCACGUUCUACAGCUUGAUCAUUCUCAUCAGUCUCACAUCAAACAUCUUCUUGCUCUGGGUGCUGGUAAAGCACAAGGGCCUGGCUAAUUCCGCUAACCUGCUGCUCCUGAACCUCACCAUCUCGGACCUGGUCUUCACCUUCACACUGGUGCCUUGGGCGGUCUUCCACAUCUGGGGCUGGCUCCUUGGAGAGCUGGCCUGCAAGCUGUUCAGUGGAGCCAUCUUCUUGGGUUUCUACAGCUACAUGAUGUUCCUCACCUGCAUGACAGUGCAUCGCUACAUGGUGGUGGUGCACGCGUUGCGCUCUUCGUCACUGGACGCCCGCCGUGGAAGGCUCUACACCCAUUUAACAUGCGCUGUGGUCUGGGUUCUCUCAGCCAGCUGCAGCCUCCCAGAAGCCUUUUUCUCAGUGAUCGUAAACAAAUCGGAUGGCAUGUCAUGCAUCCUGGGCCAUCAGUCAGAGGUGGUGGAGCUGACUACCCACUACAUCCAGAUUUCGGUCUUCUUCCUGCUGCCAUUCCUGGUCAUCACAUUCUGCUAUGUCCAGAUAUUGGCCACCAUCAAGCGUUGUCAGAUCAGGAACAGACAGCACACGGUGUGGCUGAUUUUGUGCACCAUUGUAGGAUUUUUCAUCUGCUGGACACCCUAUAAUGUCACCAUCUUCCUGCAUUCGCUAAAGCUACUGGGGAUAGAGUCAAUGCAUUCAUUCGCAUGGGAAAAAGGACUGGUCUAUGCUUAUUACAUCACACACAUCAUGGCCUACUGCCACUGCUGCCUUAACCCACUCAUCCAGAUCUUUGGAGGAGGGAUGUUUAGGAGGUAUCUGCCAUCAAGCAGAGGCUUCAGCCGGAUGUCAGAAAGAGAAAGAAGUCACACGCUCAGCUCACCGACCACUCCUUACCAAACCUCUGUGGCCAGACAGACGCAUGUAUGAUGUUCUGGACAUUAAAAUUGACCUGAUUAAUUAACCCCUUUUCAUUGUUCAGUUAACUUUUACCAUUCAUGUCCAACAGCUGAAUGCAGUAGAGGAAAGCUACCGCAGAACGUGUUCUGAUUGGUCUACAUCGAUGAAACUUGUGUAGUUAUACCUUAGAUAAACACCUAAUGGUAGCCAGUAUUUUUAAUUUUGUGUAAAUUCUGCCUUUUCUUUCCAGCUGAACUUGGAUUUUCUAUUGUUUUGUUACAAAAUCAGUAAUCUGAUCAGAUUAGGUUAAACAUGAUACAUUAAGUAAUUCAAAAACUCGCUUUUUAGACAAUGAUUUAGGGAAUUUUAAAUUUCAGAUAUAGACAUUAAUGAGUUAAGACAUAUUAUUUAGUAACUACUAUGAAUUAUUUUGCAACUUCUAUGAGCUACUAUGAAAUGUAUACAGUUAUGAGAGCAAAGAACCAAAAUGCAGGCUAUAUAUAGACCCUUAAAGCCCAGAUACACAGACAAGUAAGAACAUUGUAAUGUUUGUAGUUGUCUUUGGAAUGUUCAGAAAAAAGAACCGACAUUUGUGUUUGUCCAGUCCAUGUACUCUGACCUUUAGAAUUUAUGGGGUAAAGUGAGCUUUCCUAUUUUAGGCAGGGCAACUUCGUGCUGUCCUACUUUAAAGAAAGGUAGUAAGCUACUACAAUUAGGGAAAUGCUGAAAUUAUUCAUGUUGAAAGAACAGAAGCGAAUCUGAGAGUGAAAAGCAGAUCUAAUGAUGGGAAUGGUGCAAUAGGAGAAUGGGAGAAACUUCAAGACAAGCUUUUUCUCCACCAGUGCUGAACAAUCUGAAAAAAGAUAAGUUUAUUCUACUAUACAGUAGAUGGCAGCAGUGGUCUGAACUCUGAACCACUGGGAGGCUCUGUGUCAAGCAAGAAGAUCUAUUUUCAUGCCC